CACUCUCACAGCUCCUACCAGACCUGCCCGCCAUGGCCACCUCCACCAUGUCCAUCUGCUCCAGUGACCUGAGCUACGACAGCCGGGUCUGCCUGCCCGGUUCCUGUGAUUCUUGUACUGACUCCUCCUGGCAGGUGGACGACUGCCCAGAGAGCUGCUGUGAGCCUACCUGCUGUGCCCCCAGCUGCUGCCAGUCCAGCUGCUGCCAGCCCAGCUGCUGUGUGCCCAGCUGUUGUGUGCCCAGCUGCUGCAUGCCCAGCUGCUGUGCCCCAGCCUCCUGCCUGACCCUCCUCUGCACCCCAGUGAGCUGUGUGUCUAGCCCCUGCUGCCAAUCUGCCUGCAGCAGCUGCUGCUCACCCUCCUGCUGCACCUCCUCACCUUGUUGUGUGACCCUGUGCUGCAAGCCUGUCUGCUGCAAGCCUGUCUGCUGCACACCCAUCUGCUCUGGAUCCUCCUCAUGCUGCCAGCAGUCUAGCUGCCAGCCCUCAUGCUGUCAAUCCUCCUGCUGUGUGCCUGUCUGCUGCAAGCCUGUCUGCUGCAAGCCCUGCUCCAGCGUGUCCCUGCUCUGCCGCCCUGUGUGCAGACCUGCCUGCUGUGUGCCCACCUCCUCCUGCUGUGCCUCCUCCUGUCAGCCCAGCUGCUGCAAGCCCUGCUCCAGUGUGUCCCUGCUCUGCCGCCCUGCCUGCUCCCGCCAGGCCUGCUGUGGCCUCUCCAGCUGCUGACAGGCUGAAUCUCUCAGCCUUUGCAGGCUAUGUCUGCUUUUAAGCGAUUCUCCACUCUCAGGAGCCCCUGGAAGCCGCCCGGGGCCACCAGAGUCGUCUCACUAUGGACUGGGGCUACACAGCUGCUGCCUGAUGGGGUUUGAAGGUGCCACCUGGCCCCUCCCCCUGCAGUUCCCUCUGUGACACAGAGAGGAGCCCCAGAUGCCCAUUCUCUUGACCAUGCACUCACACCAAAUGUGACAAGUCCACUGCUGUGUUCAAUAAAGUGUUUAUAUCAGGA